CAGAAAACACGAAAUAAAGAUUUCUUUCACACAAUGAGAGAAAGAAGAGAGGCCUCUGCCAAUAGUCAUAGGAAGCUCAAAAGUGUCUCCUAGUUUCUGAGAUAGAAACUAGAAUUCGAGAAUGUUCUUUCGAACCGUUGAAGUGAAUUCUAGAAUGUUAGCCGAUGCUGGGAUUUUGACGGUGGGCUCGCCGCGGUUACUGGGUAAUUCCAAAAGAACGCCUCGGCUUUGUGAAAGAGCACGGUAUAGGGUUAAGUCCUGCAUGUUUAGCAGCACUGAGUUCAGUAUCUAAUGCUCCUGCAGAGGAUUCUGGUCUCACCUAUACUGGCAUGAUCAGAAUUAUUCCUGAUUUAUCUACCAGAUGCAGAAUCCCUUGGGAAAAGAAGCAGGAAAUGUGCUUAGCUGACAUGGUAACUAAACCUGGUAAACCAUGGGAAUAUUGUCCAAGAGAAGUGUUUCGGAAAGUCUCUAAAAUUUUAAAAGAUGAAUUUGACUUGGUUGUGAAUGCCGGCUUUGAAAUUGAAUUUUAUCUUUUGAAGAGUGUGAUGAGGAAUGGCAAAGAAGAUUGGGUGCCAAUUGAUAAGACCUCUUACUGUUCUACAUCAGCAUUUGAUGUUGCAUCCUCUAUAUUAGAAGAUAUCAACAUACAUCUUCAAACGAUGAAUAUUUCAGUUGAACAGGUAAGUUUUGCAUUUCCUUGAAUGCUUGCUUGCAAAUUGAUGUUUCUCAUGGUGUCUAUGCACGCAGUACUGCAUAUACUAGGAGCUUUUAGCAUGCAUUUCUCUAUUUAUUUUCAUGAAAAAGCUUGACUGCUUGUGUAAUGUAUUAGUACCUUUCUUAAUGAUAGAACUACAUGUACUAAUAUUUUUAUACUGAAACAAUACAUUCAAAGAGACUAGGGUAUGGAAGAAUACAGAGCUUUUUAUACAACAUUAACGAUCUCAGUGAGAGAAGAGUUUUUGCUAACAAAUUAAAGUUGAUUGUUUAUAGGAGCAUAUCGAACUUAUAAAUCUCCUGAAGUAACUUUUUCAAGACAUCUAUACUUGGUAUGAGCUUGUUGUGCAAGAACAUGAGAUAGAUAAAUUAUACUAAUAUUGCCAUGGUAAUACAACAACAACAACAUACCCAGUAAAAUCCCACUAGUGGGGUCUGGGGAGAGUAGAGUGUACGCAGACCU